CACAUGGAACUCCUGGCCGGUGUUCUGUCCCGCGUGCUGGCUGGCUUUCCAAACGGUCCGAACCGGAGAGUCCAACCUGUCACUUCUACUAAACGGUUUCAUACAGACAGACGCGAUUUUUCCUAUUUUCUUUUUUACAUUUCCACCUACAAAUUAGCUAGUUAGCUUUCAGAAGAACACAAAACUAGUUUGUUUACAUGACUGACGCUCACCCUGCCACUGCCAAAGGACAGAAUAUCAGCUUUCCUGCCGUGUUUUAUACCGACAGUUAUACUCUAACGUUCACCUAGAGAUAGAAGCGGAGGUUGAUCGAAGCUAUCAGGAUGAUCGAGGAGCUUGAGCAACUUCUAUUACAGCUGACACAGCCGGAUAAUGCCGUUAUUCAGCAGGCCACAGCCCAGCUGAAACAGGCUUUCAAAGACCCAACCAUAAUACCAGCCCUGUGUGCUGUCAUGAGAGGCUCCCAAAGCCCUGAGAUUCGCCAGUCAGCUGCAGUAUUGCUGAGGUUAAGAGUGAAGAAACAUUGGAAUAAGAUCAGCCCUGAUGACAGAGAGAGCCUCAAAUCUGUUGUACUUCAAGCCUUCACCACAGAAACAGAACACAAGGUGCAGCACUCUCUCUCCCAGCUGUGUGCAGCUAUGGUGAAGCAUGAAACACCGGACCGCUGGCCAGCUCUGCUGCAGCUUCUCAACCAGUCAACCAAAAGCACAAAUCCCCAUGACAGACAGGUUGGCCUCCUGCUGCUGAAUAAGGUUAUAGAGUCCAACCCUGAACCUUUCAAGCCUCACUACUGCCAGUUGCUGCAGCUGUUCAACACUUUGCUGCAGGACUACAACAACCCCACAGCGCUGUACUACUGCAUCCUCACCCUAAAUGCCAUGGUGAUUUACACCGGCACUGCAGAGGUGAAGGAAAUGCGCGCCAUCGUUCCCAGUCUGAUCGAUGCUCUAAAACACCUCAUCAAGGCAAAUCAGGAGCAAGCCACUGAAGCAAUGGAGGUGCUCAUUGAGCUCAUGGAGAUUGAAGUGACCAUCAUAGUUCCACACAUUACAGACAUCGUCCACUUCUGCCUGGCGGUGGGCAGUGACACCACAUUGAAUGACGCUCUACGCGUGAAGGCACUCUCCUGUAUCACCUUCCUCAUCAAGCUGAAGAGUAAAUCGGUGCUGAGACUGAAGCUGCUGGGUCCCAUCUUGCAGAACCUUUUUCCCAUUUUGACUGCAGCGCCCUCUCCUGGCCAGCAUGAUCCAGACGACGAGGAGGAGGAUGAUGUUGAGCCCAGUGAAAGCGAUAACCCCAAACACAGCGCUGCUCAGAUGAUCGACACUAUGGCGCUCCAUAUGCCCCCAGAGAAACUCUUUCAUCACCUUCUUCCCCUCACUAAGGCCUGCCUAACCAGCCAGGAUCCUUAUCAAAAGAAGGGUGGUCUCGUGUGUCUUGCUGUGCUGGCUGAGGGAUGUGCAGACUACCUUUGCUCCAAGAUGCUCCAGUCAGUGCUGCAGACUGUCUGCCAGAGUCUCUCUGACAGCAAUAGGCUGGUGCGCAGCGCUGCCCUUUUUGCUCUGGGACAAUUCUCUGAACAUUUGCAGCCAGAGAUCAGUAAGUACUGUGCAGAGGUGAUGCCUUUACUGCUGGAAUACCUUUCAUCCCUAAAUGAAGAAUCGAGGAACUCGAUCUGCCAUGUCACCAAAGCUUUUUAUGCCCUGGAAAGCUUCACAGAGAACCUGGGAUCUGAUAUUGAGCCAUAUCUUCCCACCUUGAUGCACACCAUGUUGUCUGCUCUCAACAAUGCAGAACACCUGAAAAUAAAGGAGCUGGCUGUGUCUGCUAUAGGAGCCAUUGCUAAUGCAGCCAAGGAGUUGCUGGUUCCAUAUUUCCCUCCAGUGAUUGAAAGCCUGAAACGUUUCCUCGUGGCCACCACAGAUGACAUGAUGCCCUUGCAGAACCAGUCCCUUGUUACUCUGUCGGUUCUGGCCCGCACUAUUGGCAAAGACGUGUUCAGUCCUCUUGCUCCAGAAUGCAUUCAGCUAGGCCUCAACCUGACUGAUGCCAUCGACGAUCCAGACCUGAGACGAUGCACGUAUGGUCUGUAUUCGGCCGUGUCCACAGUCUGCCCUGAAAGCCUGACUCCUCACCUCACCGCCAUAACGACUGUGAUGCAGCUCGCCCUGAAAUCCAAAGAAGGAAUCAUGGCCCACCUUGAAGAGGACAAGACCUUUGUUCUGCUUGAUGAUGAGGAUGAGGAUGAUGACGACGAUGCAAGCAAAGAAGGGAAGGAGGCUGAAGAGGACCCCUUGGAAGAUGAAUCAGAGACAGAUGUCCAUGACGUAGCAGGGUUCAGUGUGGAAAACGCCUACAUCAAUGAGAAGGAGGAUGCCUGUGACGCCCUGGGAGAGAUCGCCUUAAGCACAGGUGUUGCCUUCCAGCCUUUCCUGGAAUCCAGUUUCCAGCAGGUCCUUGAGAUGACAGAAUUUCCUCAUGAGGACGUCCGCAGGGCAGCGCUGGGUGCUCUGGGUCAGUUCUGUCAAGCUCAGCACAAAGUUUGGACUGAGAAUCCCUCUGAGAUCAACCACCAGGCCCUGCUGAACAUGCUGAACGUGGUGCUGCCACGCUUGGUGUCAGCUGUGCGAACCGACCGUGAGCGGCAGGUUGUAAUGGGCGUCCUGGAAACCAUUAACAGUGUGGUCAAGUCCUGUAAGGAGGAAGUUUUCAGAAAUCCAUCCCACCUCAAAGAGAUCAGCCUUCUCAUCCGUGAUGUGCUCAGGAAGAAGACAAUUUGCCAAGGCAGCGGCAACGAUGAAACUGAUGAUGAAGACCAACAGGCAGAGUAUGACGCUAUGCUGCAGGAGUAUGCAGGAGAAGGGAUUCCUUUGGUGACCUCUAGUGUUCCUGCAGACCAGUUUGCACCUUACCUUCAUGAUCUGCUGCCGCUGCUCAUGACCAAAACUAAAUCCACCUGCACCGUGGCUGACCGGUCCUUUUCUAUUGGGACGAUUGGAGAAAUCCUCCACGCUCUGGUGAACGUGUCGGGAGGCCGGGGGUUGGCAGGCCGGCUGUCCAAUGGUCUGCUCCCUGUGCUGGUUGCUGGAGUGAAGGACCAAGAUGCUGAGGUUCGCAACAACAGCGUAUAUGGGCUGGGCUGCCUGGCCCAGGGAGCUGGUCCGCUCAUCGCGUCAGAUUAUCCCAUGAUGCUUUCAGUGUUUUCAAAAAUGCUGGCCAAGGAGUCUGACCCGAGGGUGAGGGACAACCUGUGUGCUGCCCUCUGCAGGAUGAUCAUGAGUAACAAGGAUGCUGUUCCUCUGGACCAGGUCCUGCCUGCUGUGGUGUUCAAUCUUCCACUUAAAGAGGAUCAGGAGGAGAACCAGACAGUGUUUACCUGCCUGACUAUGAUCUACAAACACACUCCUGUCCUGGUAGUGAAUUUAAUGAAGCCCAUCGUUGCUGCUUCAAGUCAUGUUGUUGGCCACAAGGAAGUCAAUAAAGAAGCCCAGAGCACUGUUGUUGCUCUAAUGAAAGAACUGGCCCAGGAUCAUGGUGCAGAGUUCCAAGCAGCAGCAGCCUCCCUCCCUGCAGAGCAGCAAGCCAAACUGGCUGUAGCCAUCAGCUCAUCAUAGCCUGAACGCACUCUGCUUCCCUUCAAACAGGAUUUUAUACUGUAGGCGAGAGCGGGGACGUUAGUUUCCUCUGAAGGGGAUAUGUUUAGCACUUCAGCCACUCUAUUUACUGCAUUCACAAGUUCUGUGUCUAAUUUAUUUACUUCUCAGCAUUUAUGUUAACAACUCAUAAGUUCUGUUUUUGGUUUUCUUCUGACAUUAUAAAGUAAUUUAAACUCUAAAUAAAUGUGGGUUUAAAGUGUCAACUUCUCUGUAUAAGCCAAGCAGUUUAGGAUUGGGUUCAUUUGUGUUAUUUCUGUUCUGAACUCAUUUAAGUGCCUGCAUCGUUUCCAACUAAAGUUCAGAUCUUCAG